AUGUCCCUCUUCGGUUCUUCACCACCAGGCGAAUCGCCUUCGAAUACCUCCGCCGCUCCUUCGCGAUCUCUCUUUGACGAAGAGCCCAUGUCCAAGUCAGGCUCCAAUUCCCUCUUUACCGACGACGAUUUCGCCGGCGCCGAAGGCUCGCCCUGGGACAUGCCCACUCCGAGGAAGCAACAAUCCCGCGCCGACGUCGUCCGCAACCUGCUGCCCCCCUCCGAUGUGCCCGACGCCUACAUCGAGACCUUCGACACCGUCGUGCGCGAGGAUGGCAACGCGGGGCGCGUCAAUGCAGGCGGCAUAGCCAAGCUCUUUGCCGCUGCGCGCCUCGGAGCUGACCAGCAGGCGCAGAUCAUGUCCAUGGUUGUCCCAGCUGCAGGUGGCGACAUAGCUGUCGGACGCGGCGAGUUCAACGUCCUGCUAGCUCUCAUUGCCUUGGCCCAGGAAAAAGAAACAACCAGCCUCGACGCCGUCGAUGAGCGACGAAGAAGCCUGACUGCUGCUCCGGUGAUGCCUCCCGUCUCCGAGCUUCCUGCCGCCAAACCUCCCACAGCUCCUCAUACGCCGACCCCCGAACCUCCUCCAUCGCCGCCCAAGCCUGCCAGCCUGCCCCAACCCCCGAUGGACUUCCCCGAAUCCGACGAUCCAUGGAACUCUCCCGAUGUACACAAGGGUCACGCCCACGCCGCCGCUGAAUCCCCCAGCAGGGCCAACGGUGCCAGCCCGCAGCGCCCGGCCGCCAACGGCAAUGGCCACACCAAUGGCAGCUUCGGCGCGUCGCCGAGCACCGCUAUCGCAGGUCGCACCAUGUCUUCUUACACGACAGCGACCGUUACCUCUGAGACAGCUUCCGCCCGCCAGAAUGUAGUUCCCAGCACAUCACCAGGUGGCUGGGGCGGCGGUUACUUUGAUGGCAACAAUACUGGAGGCGGCUUUAACGAACCCCCUCAGCCUCAGGUGACGAGUCCAUUUGGCAGCGCCAGCCGUGGUGGACGCGAGCCGACCGGAAACGCUCCAAGCGCCCCUGCGUUGAGAACUUCCACGAGUGGGCGAACGGGAAGCAGCGUCGAGGAGAGUAUCAUUGUGACCCUGAUGCCAGAGAAGGAAGGUCUGUUUAUGUUCCAGCACCACAACUACGAGGUGUCGAGUAUACGUCGGGGUAGCAAGGUCAUCCGCCGCUACAGCGACUUCGUCUGGCUUCUCGACUGCCUGCACAAGCGCUAUCCUUUCAGGGUGCUGCCUCUGUUGCCGCCCAAGCGUGUCGCUGUCAACGGCAACCACUUGUCCAAUGAUGGAGCCUUCAUCGAGAAGCGUCGUCGGGGUCUGGCAAGGUUCUUGAACGCUCUCGUGCGCCACCCCGUUCUUAGCCAAGAGCAGCUCAUCAUCAUGUUCCUCACUGUGCCAACUGAACUUUCCGUGUGGCGCAAGCAGGCCACCAUUUCAGUUCAGGAUGAGUUCCAAGGCCGUGUCCUUCCUCCCGGCCUUGAGGACUCCCUUCCUCCCACUCUCGAGGCUCUGUUCGACAAGACUCGCUCGGGCAUCCGCCGUUCGGCUGAGUUGUACAUUAACGUUUGCAACAUCAUGGAUCGUUUGGUGAAGCGCACCGAGGGAGUUGCGGCUGACCAUGCGCGCAUCGCCCUGUCCCUCGCAUCCUUGACCGAGACGAGCGCCGAUACCUACGCAACUGACACCAACGAGGUGCCGCUGCUCAACGAUGGCCUCAACUCCAUGAGCCGGCAUCUGAGGACUUGCCAGACCCUCAUGGAGGACGAGAGUAAGGCUUGGGAUGAGGGUGUCCUGGAGGACCUCAAGCGCCAGCGCGACGCACUUGUGAGCGUUCGCGAGCUCUUUGACCGCAGAGAGCGCCUGGACAAGGACAACAUCCCCUAUCUCGAGAGGCGCAUCCAGACCAACGAAACGAAGUUGGCGAACCUCCGCAGCAAGCCUGAGGGCAUGGUUAAGCCUGGCGAGAUUGAGAGGGUAGUGGAGGCCAUUAUCAAGGACAAGGAAUCCAUCGUCAGCCAACACAACCGCUCCAUCUUCGUCAAGGAGUGCAUCCGCGACGAGCUCAUGUACUUCCAGAACACACAGUUUCACGUCUCUCGCUGGAACCAGGACUGGGCCCAGGAGCGCGUUAAGUACUCCGAGAUGCUGGCCGACAACUGGCGUCGCCUGCUCGACGAACUCGAGGGCAUGCCGCUCGGCGACUAG